AGCGGUUUGGUUGAGCGGACCAUGAAGAUUGGUUGAGAUGGACCGUUUGGUCAAAAGCCGGAAAUCCGGACCCCGAACGGAGCUCUUUAAGCCCUGUGUAAACCUCAUGCUCCACCUCCAGCUACAGAUUGGACUUUGCUUCUAUCAACCUCAAAUAAAUGUCCUACAGAAAAGCUGGUGCACAGCGACAGAUAUUAAACGUGUUGCAGUCAUGGGAGCGAUGGAGGUUUUUCUCCAGUCAUUCAGCCCAGUUUCAGUUUUAGGGACUGUGGUUUUAAUCCUCAUUGGGUUUCACUUCAUUCUCUCUAAAUCCAGGCCUCAGGGCCACAGACAGGGACCACCAGGACCAAAACCCCUUCCCAUCGUUGGCAACCUGCUGCAGCUGGAUGUGAAGAGACUUGACCAAGCACUCAUGAAGCUUUCUAAGACGUAUGGAUCUGUGUUCACUGUCCACAUGGGACCAAAGAAGACAGUGGUCCUGACAGGGUAUAAGACGGUGAAAGAAGCAUUUGUCAGCUAUGCUGAGGAGUUUGGAGAACGGGAACCAUCCACCGUGUUUAAAGAAGCAAACAUGCAUCACGGUAUUGUAUUUUCCAAUGGAGACUCCUGGAAGGAAAUGCGGCGCUUUGCUUUGACCAACCUGAAGGACUUUGGGAUGGGAAAGAAAGUAUGUGAGGAGAAAAUCAUUGAGGAAUGUCACUUCCUCAUCCAGAAGUUAAAGGAGUUUAAAGGUGAAGCUUUUGAUUUGUCCCAACAUAUGAACAAUGCAGUUAGUAAUAUAAUCUGCUCCAUGAUCUAUGGCAAAAGAUUUGAAUAUGAUGAUCCAGAGUUUAAUACCAUUGUAGAUCGAACAACCCAAGGCCUUCAACUGUUAGGCACACCAGCAAUACAGCUGUACAACAUGUUCCCAAAGAUUGGCAAACUGGUGUUUUCAGCCAGAAAGAAAAUGAGAGAUAUAUUCGCUGCCAAUAAACAACAUCAUCUGAUGCUGCUGAACCGUUUGAAAGAGACCCUCAGUCCUCAGAUGUGCAGAGGAGUUGCAGACGCUUUCCUCAUCCGUCAACAGCAACACAAGGAAUCUGGCAUCACUGACAGUCACUACCACAACGACAACCUGCUGGUUACAGUCAUGAACCUGUUUGGUGCUGGAACUGAUACAACAUCAACUACCCUGAGAUGGGCAUUCCUGUAUAUGGCAACAUAUCCAAAAAUACAAGACCAGGUCCAGCAGGAGCUGAGGAACGUGAUUGGAAGUCGCCAGGUUCAGGUUGAAGACAGACAGAACCUGCCUUUUACAGACGCCGUCAUCCAUGAGACACAGAGAGUGGCCAACAUCGCUCCUUUGGCAGUUCCUCACAGGACUAGCAAAGACGUCAUGUUCCAAGGUCAUUUUAUUGAGAAGGGAACUCCAGUAAUUGCUGUUUUAACGUCCGUCUUGCAAGAUGAGAGCCAAUGGGAGAAACCGAACGUCUUUUAUCCAGGCAACUUCCUCAGCAAAGAUGGGAAGUUCCUCAAGCGAGACGCCUUCAUGCCUUUUUCAGCAGGUCGCAGGGCUUGUCUUGGAGAGAGUCUGGCCAGAAUGGAGCUUUUCAUCUUCUUCACCACGCUCCUGCAGCACUUCAGAUUUUCUCCUCCACCUGGAGUUACAGAGGAAGAACUUGAUCUAACUCCACGAGUUGGUGGUACUAUGAGCCCUCAACCUCACACGCUGUGCGUUACCCCUUUAAAUUAAGGAGUGGCCUAUUUGUGGAAAAACCCACUUUGGUCCCAGCAGUAGGAAGCGAAGGAGUUUCAUGAAGGAAGGUCUGUAAUGGAAACCUUAAAAAUCCGGGGCAAUCAUGACCCCUUUGCAGAACAAUGAGAGGAUCUCUGUUUCACCCGUCGUUCGUUUGGGCCACAUCAGCGAUACAACCUGAAACCUCUUUCUGCUGGCUGAGAAAAGGUCUGCUCCUCGCCCUUUGGAAUGAAAAGCAUCCAUGGGACUGCAUUGCAUCUGCCCAGCCAAAGAAAUAAACCUGAUUUUAUUCAGAAUUCUGUAGAAGGAAACUUGCAAUUACAGGUUCCCUAAGAUUACCAUCAACACAUCCAUGAUUUGCUUUUGCAAUUUAUUAAAUUAGCUAUCAAUGCAGUAAUUGAUAAAUAGACUAAGAAUCAGUUCUACAUAAGGUCAUGGAUAUCCAAUUCAGUCAAACUAUAGAGCAUUGCUUCAUCAAAGUAAAGUUGUGUCUUUGCACUGUGAAAUAGUACUUGGAAUAUAUACAAAGUGUCAAUUAGUCUGAAUUAAUCUUCAUUCAUUUAGAGCUAACUGGCCUUGGCAACAAAACUCCUCAGUUCAAUCCUUGGUCUUUAAGUAUUCAUACAAAUUACUACAGAUCUUUCUAUGGGUUAUUUCAGCUUUUAUUCCUUCCAUAUUUCUCAUUGUUCUUUGAAAAAUAUAUGGCAUAUUUUGGUGCAAGUAAAAACUAAUUAACAGUCUCCAAAUGUAUUUGUCUGAACAGAUGGUUGCUUGAUUUUGUGUUUAUAGUAAAAUCCA